AUGGAAGGCAUCUCCGCCGCCGUAUGCGCCAAAAUGAAACGCUACUGGAAGCGGCAGGGCUACCACCGCAUCUCCGGCGGUUCUUCCGCCAGGAUACGGCGGGCAGAGCUCGGCGGUGGGAGGCGGCGGAGGAGGAGGAUGUCGUGGCGGAUCAAGAUCAAGCCGAAGAUCAAGCUCAAUUCCCUCGUCAAGCCUAACAAGUUCGUGGUCUGGCUCCGGGACGCCUAUGUCAGGAUGAUGCUUGGAUUCGCCAACUCCGCCGCCGGCGGGAUGGUCGGGGACGGCGUCUCGUCGUUGGGGAGGAAGGCGGUUAAGGAGUACGAAGAGAAGGCGGUGAUCCUCGAGAUCUACAAGUCGCUUGUCUUGGCUCCGUCGAAUCGCCAUCACUGA